AUGGCGUGUAAUCCAGAAUUGUUUCGAUAUGUAGUGGAAACUGUGUUCAAUACUUGGACUGCUCUAAGGCUUGCCGUAGAGCAUGGCAUGGGUGGACCUCGAGGAAAAGAAAAUGCGCUGAAUUUGGUGAACCAGGUUACGGAUUUAUUUUGUAAAACUGAUAUUGAAGUAGAAGAAAUUGCUGAUUUUCUAGUAGAGUUUAUGGACACACAGUUCCAAACUAUAUGCGAAGACAACUCGCCAGAGGAGGUAGCAGUUGUGUUGUGGCAGUUCUAUCAACACUGUAAGUCAGGAAAUCAACAUCUAGUCAAUUUAGAAUUGAGCAGACUUCCGAAAUGCGAUGUAUGGCUAUGUAAACAUCAUCUGGUUAGCACUCAAGAAGAAGCAAUGGACCCUGUGGACAUAAUCUCAAAUGGACAUAGUAGUAACGUCACAGCAGAAGAACAUGAUCCAGAAUGGACACAGGUUAAAACCAGACGAAGGAGAGAACGGAUGGAACAGAUGUAA